AUGGUUGAUUCUAAUUCAAAUUUUGCUGACAUGGCACAAGCACAGCAAAACUGUAUCAUUAAUUUUCUCCAAAAAAUUUCUGUUGUUUUUCACCUUUUAUCACGUUUCAAGCAUACUGAAAAACCAAAUGUAAAACGUGAAAAGAAAUUAAUGGCGCGUCCAAUUGAGUAUGUGGGAGAUAUCAAUGACUCAAAGGACCUAUGGAAGAUUUCUGUUAGGUGCAGACAUAUUUGGUCGGUCACAAGUGCUUCAAAGAAGGAACACCUUGAAAUGAUUCUCGUGGAUUCUAAGGGAUCUAUGAUUCAAGUUGUUGUGCCUCCUUACUUGGUUGCCAAGUUCAAGGAAUAUCUCUGUCAUGGUUAUUCAUACGUAAUGCAGAAUUUUAAAGUAGGUCCCAAUGACUUCUCUUUUAAGUCCACCGAUCACAAACACAAGCUGGUGUUCUGUGGUUCAACUUCCCUUAAGAAAACGGACAACCCAGAAAUUCUUGUUAAUGUUCUCAAUCUACUUAGUCUGGAUGACAUUGUAGAUGAUGUUCUUGGUGGAGUUGUAGAGAUUACUCAAUCGCACGUCAGUUCUGAUAACAACAAGAGCAAAGUUGUUUUUUCAGUUACUGAUAAUAGCAAAUCCAUGGUUGUGUGUACCUUAUGGGUAAUAUUUGCAAUCCAAUUCAACGAGUAUUGGACAAAAAAUAAGGAUGCUGGCAACUUUCCUUUAAACGUAUCAAAUGCGUGGAAUGGCACAAAACUGGUUAUUAAUGAUACAGGUUUUGAACAGGUUUCUAAGCUAAAAGAAAGUUUUAAAGGUGAUUUCCCAAAAUUAUCAGAUACAGUCGUGCAAGUUAGUGCAUCACAGAAUUCACAAUACUCGGAUUUCGAUAAGUUUUUAUGGAAAGCUGAUGUUUUAAGUCUUGCAGAAAUAGGGGGUUUGCAGCAGGAAACUACAUGCGUAACUGUUGCCACGCUGGAUAAAUUUGAUGUUGGACAAUCUGGAUGGUAUUACGAUGGAUGUGUUGACUGUACAAAGAGUGUGACUCUGAGGGAUGGAAAGCUUCAGUGUUAUGCAAAGCAUAUAAGUCCUUCUCCCAUGCCCAGGUUUAAACUGGAAAUACUGGCUGUUGACGGUAAAUGCAAUGCAAAGUUCAUUUUUUGGGACGUCGACUGUGUUAAGUUGGUAGGCAAAUCCGCGACUGAGAUUAUAAAUGGUCUAAAAAGGAGCUGUAUUCCAACCCAAAAUGGACGCCUUUCUGUGAUUGGUUUCAGAGAUGAUCCGGAAACCCGUAGCAGAGUCAAGGAAAAUUUUAGAGUUGAAGAGCCUACACCUAGGCUGCGCAUAAUUGAACCAACAACCCAGGACGAAUUUCCAAGUGUUUCUGUAAGUUUGCAUAAUUCACUUGCUGAAUCCGAUUAUGAUCCUUCUGCCUCAAAUACUAAUCUUACCCCUUCCAAGAGAAUUUUGAGCGAAUCUGUUGAGGAAUUUGAAGGUGUACAGCUUUCGUCGACGAAGUUAAUUAAAGAUAUCAAGAAGGAAGAGUAG